AUGGCAAGCAACGAAGAAUAUGAAAUUGCUCUAAUUGAGAAUGAUAUCGAUGCUCGUUUAUGUGCUACAAUAAUUGCAGAAGAAUUUGCUUUACAUAAUUCUCUGGUGGUCUUCAAUCAAUCAACAUCCGACGAAUUAUUUAAUGAAUGCUUUUGGCCAUUAAUGAUCCAGGUGCUUGAUGAAAAAUUAUCAUUUUUAAUACGAUAUCUUCCAACAAAUGAAAUUGUUGCAGUAAUCAUAGCCGGUGACCUCUUCUUAGAGUGUAAAAAUCAUCCAUACGAUGUUUCUAGUCCGGCAUCAUUCAUUCCAAAUAUAGAUUUGUUUUCAGAAAUGCUUGAUCAAUUUGUUUAUCAUGAUUUUGACCAACAAUUAAAACCAUAUAUGAUUUUAUCUAUUUCAGUUGUUGUAACAAAAUCUAAAUACUCAGGUAAAAGUUUAGCUGCUCAAUUAAGUAUUCAUGUAUGUAAUUAUGCAAGAGAUACAAAAGGAUUUCAAUAUGCAUUUGUACAAACAUCAAAUCCAGCAACACGUCAUAUUUUUGUUAAAAAAAUGAAUGGAAAAGAAAUAACAAUUGUUGAUCCAGCAACUUGGUUAUGGAAAAAGAAAGAUCAUGGUUUAUCACGUCCAUUUAAAGAUUAUAAAGGAGAACCUAUUGUCAAUAUUCUUGUCAAACUGGAUGAAUAA